UUGCCCCGCAUCCUAUUUCUGUUUUUUCUUUUCAGAAUUUGCAAUAAUAAUUAGAGUAAUAAAUUUAUUGAAAGAAUAUGCAUUUAAAAUGAGUUUGUUCUUUGAAUUUCUUUCCCCUUAUUAAUCUCAAAUUAGCUGCUUCUUCCUAACCCACGCGUCCCGUUCCUUUCCCCUUACUUUCUCUCACUAAAAUGAAGUUUUUGUAGCAUUCACCGUCUCCCACCGUUUCCUGGAUUUGUCUCUCACAUUCAGUUUUAGCAGUUCAAGCUCAAAAACCCACAAAAAACAGCCUAUUCUGAGUAUUUCUCCUUCUGGGUUUUACACUAAAAAGCCUCUUAAAUUUUUGAUAUUUUGGCCUCUGCUUAGCAGGUUUUUUACAUUUCAUUCAUAAAAUCCGAUCUUCGGAUCUUUCUUUAAAAAUUUCACAUUUGAAGCUUCGUCUGGGUCUUGUAUAAAAUGGCACCAUCUUUGUACUGGUGGGCGAAGGAUACUCACAGGGGGACCCCUGUGGUUGUGAAAAUGGAGAACCCAAAUAACUGGUCCAUGGUGGAGCUUGAAUCUCCUUCAGAGGAAGACUUUAUGUACACAAACGAUAGUGUUCCCAAAGGAGGCCGGAACAAGAACGCCAAGCAGUUAACAUGGGUUCUCCUCUUGAAAGCCCACAAGGCUGCCGGCUGCCUCACUUCCAUUGCAUCCACAUUCUUCUCCCUUACCUCCGUCAUACGCCGCCGCGUCGCCUCCGGCCGCACCGACUCCACCGACACCACUGAGAUCGAACACCCGGCGGUCAAGUCCCGGUUUUACUCCUGCAUUAAAGUCUUCCUCUGGCUAUCUUUACUCUUGCUCGGUUUUGAAAUGGCUGCAUAUUUCAAAGGGUGGCACUUUGGUGCACCAGAUCUUCAGUUACAGUACCUCUACACUUUGACAAGUCCUUUGGCUGUGAAGAGUGUGUUUGAUUCCCUCUAUUCUAACUGGGUUUUAAUCAGGAUGGAAUAUCUUGCUCCACCUCUGCAGUUCUUAGCUAAUGUGUGUAUAGUUCUCUUCCUAAUCCAAAGCUUGGAUAGGCUAAUUCUUUGUUUGGGUUGCUUCUGGAUCAAGUUCAAGAAAAUCAAGCCAGAUUGCAACCAAAAAAUUGUAGAUCUAGAGUCUGGAGAUGGUGAUGGCUAUUUCCCUAUGGUCAUAGUUCAGAUCCCCAUGUGCAAUGAAAAAGAGGUUUACCAACAAUCUAUUGCGGCAGUGUGUAAUUUGGACUGGCCUAAAGGGAAUUUGUUGAUUCAAAUUUUGGAUGAUUCAGAUGACCCCACAACGCAGUCUUUGAUCAACGAGGAGGUGAACAAAUGGCAGCAGGAAGGUGCCAACAUUGUGUACCGUCACAGAGUGAUUAGGGAGGGUUAUAAAGCUGGCAAUCUCAAGUCUGCAAUGAACUGCAGCUAUGUUAAGGAUUAUGAAUUUGUUACCAUAUUUGAUGCUGAUUUUCAGCCUAUGCCGGAUUUUCUUAAAAGGACUGUUCCUCACUUUAAGGAUAACGAGGAGCUAGGAUUGGUUCAAGCAAGGUGGUCAUUUGUGAACAAGGAUGAAAACCUACUAACGAGAUUGCAACUCAUUAAUUUAGCUUUUCAUUUUGAGGUGGAGCAGCAGGUGAACGGAAUUUUUCUUAACUUCUUCGGGUUUAAUGGGACUGCUGGCGUAUGGAGGAUAAAAGCAUUAGAGGAUUCUGGUGGAUGGUUGGAGAGGACCACGGUCGAGGACAUGGACAUCGCUGUUCGUGCUCAUCUCAAAGGUUGGAAGUUCGUCUUCCUCAAUGACGUGGAGUGUCAAUGUGAAUUGCCGGAAUCUUAUGAAGCUUACAGGAAGCAGCAACACAGAUGGCAUUCGGGGCCUAUGCAGUUGUUCCGUCUCUGUAUUCCAGAUAUCAUUCAAUCAAAGAUCAGUAUUUGGAAGAAAGGCAACAUGAUUUUUCUCUUCUUCCUUUUAAGGAAGCUGAUACUCCCGUUUUAUUCAUUCACUCUAUUUUGCAUCAUUCUUCCUAUGACUAUGUUCAUUCCGGAGGCUACUCUCCCAACAUGGGUUGUCAGUUACGUACCCGCAACAAUGUCGUUUCUGAAUAUACUCCCAGCACCAAAGUCGUUCCCCUUCAUUGUGCCUUACCUUCUUUUUGAGAAUACCAUGUCGGUGACAAAGUUCAAUGCUAUGAUCUCUGGCCUUUUUCAACUUGGAAGUGCAUACGAGUGGGUUGUCACUAAAAAAUCUGGUCGGUCCUCAGAGGGUGAUCUUAGUUCCUUGGUUGAGAAGCAUCCCAAGCACCAAAGAGGUAGCUCAGAGCCUAAUUUAGUGGAAAUGCGAGAGGAAAUUAAAAAGCAGGAGCAGAGGGCUGAUCGGAAGAAGAAGCACAACCGAAUAUAUACCAAGGAGUUGACACUAGCUUUCCUUCUUUUGACAGCUUCAGCGAGAAGUCUCUUGUCUGCACAAGGGAUCCAUUUUUAUUUCUUGCUCUUUCAGGGCAUAUCUUUCCUGCUUGUGGGGCUCGACUUAAUUGGUGAGCAGGUCGAGUAACUCAAAUGUGGGUAGGUUUAAUACUAAACUUGUAAAUCCAUAGUGAAUCAUUUCCGAGAUAGAUGCCUUAUAUUACUUCAUGGAAUGUGAAAGCUGGACAUUGAGUUGGAGCUGUGUGGAAAUUCUGCUUCGUGGAGAUGAAGGUGUCCUGUCCUUGCUUUCCUACUAUAACUGGACCCAAAAAACCGCUCUAUAGGAGAAUGCAUCAAAAAAUACGACACGUACGUGUGACAUUGUUGAAGCAUAGGAAAUCGGCACGAAAUGGUGAUAUUCGUUACAUUACCAGGUUUUCCUUUUAGUUUUGUAAUUUCUGUCUUUCUAGAUUCUUUUGGUUUGUUGGUAUAUUCUUUUGUAAGAAAAAUUCGUCGUUCAAAAAUCAAAUAAGAAAUUUUAGUGACAGCUAAAAUAGGAGGGAUACAUUGCAUCUUCUCUGUUGUCAACAAUGUUAUUUUAUUUAUUUCACAGCUAUAUGAUGCUGCUGCUGUUCUUUUUA